AUGACUUAUGCCACGGAAGACACGGGUUCUCUGCACAACCAAGACUCAGAAUUCACCCCUUUGUUGACCUCGUCUAAAGGAUCAAAUUCAUCAUCACACGGUGGGUUGGAUGAAGGUUUAGAUCUCUCGUCUUCCCAGGAAACAAGUGGCGAAGUCAAUAUGAAACCUCACGAAUACCUCGUCUCACCACCACCAACCGGCUCAGAAAUUUACAGCAGGCAGCAACAGCAACAGCAAGAGCAAGACGAAGAAGAUGACGACGACGACGACGACGAUAAUGUCAGUCGUAUAUUAAAAAUAGCCAAACGCCCCAGUUUCAUCUGGAUAUGCACGCUUGGAGUAGUGGCUUUUAUAAUAUUCCAGUUGACUUUCCUUCCUAGAACUUCUCUAGGACGCGAUUACAGAAGAUGGCAUGGCAUACAUUUGACAAAGUCAGACGUGAAGCGAUUAUUUUUGCAAAUGGCAGGAAUAGGGAACUCUCACAAUAGCCUAACUACAGAAGAAUAUAUCGAUCUGUGGCUCACUAACUUUACCCUGAUUAAUUCAAAAAGUACCGUGAAUAUGAUUGCUGAUGACAAUUUAGAACUAGUGUCAUUUGUAGAAACUAACUUCAAGCAGUUUGGAUUCAAAACCGAGUCGUUUAGUUAUGAUGCUCCUCAUAGUUUAACUAGACCAGUCAGUUCAACAUUACGAUUAUUGGAUAAGAAUGGCCAAGUUGCUUAUCUGCCUGUGGUUGGAGAACCAAAUUUCAAGACCCCAGCAUUUUAUGCAUUUGGUACCAAUGCUAGUAUUGUGGCUAAUUUUGUAUUUAUAAACGAAGGAACAAUUCAUGACUACAAUCUACUUGAAAAGCAUAGCAUAGAUGUUCAUAACAAGAUUGUUAUCAUAAAGAGCAACUUGUGUAACAAGAACAUCACCAUUGCUGAAAAAGUUGCUAUUGCUAAACAACGUGGAGCCAGUGGAGUCAUAAACUAUUAUGACUUUUCCGCUUCCAACAAUGUUGAGAAUGAAUCAUCACUAGCCCAUGCCAUUUCUCGAGCUUCAAUAUUUCAACAAUUCCGAUUACCAUCCAUACCAGUAAGUAAAAAGAUCAUUAAACCAAUAUUGGAUACAUUAUCAGCUGAUCCACAACCAGAUUUCUCGCACUGGGAUUAUCCACCCGUAGGCAGCACGCCUAUGAAGGUUGAGCUUAAUACCACAUUUGCUGCUGCGCCUUUGCAUCCAGCUAAAUUAACCACAGUAGUAGCUUCACUCAAGGGUAUAAUGAACGAUGCUGAUGUUAUAAUUGGUGCUCGCCGAGAUUCAUACACUUGCAAUAAUCCACUUAGUGGACAUGCUAUUCUUUUGGAGAUAAUGAGGAAUUAUCAGAGAUUGGUUGCCAAAGGGUGGAAACCUUUGCGUAAUAUCAAGUUUGUUCUGUGGGAUGGAUCCAAUACCGAUUUGAUCGGGUCUCACAAGUUCACCGAUGAUGUCAAUGUAUACAAUCCUAAGCGUUCUAUUGUUGCUUAUAUCAAUAUUGAUGGAGAUGCUGUUAUGGGAAGCAAACUUGCCGUAGAUGCUAAUCCGAUGUUGCAUUCCUUAUUAAGAAACACAGCCAAGUUUAUACCUAUACCUAAAGAAGCCACUAGUUAUAAGACAUUAAAAAACGACGAUGAUGACGAAGAUGACGAAGGAUACACCACUUUGCAUCGUUACUGGAUGAAACAAGAUAAUGCAACUAUAAAUUCAGUCAUGGGGUUGCCUAUAAGUCAAACUGAAUCAAUUAUAUUUCAACAACAUUUGGGCACGCCUUCUAUUAAUAUCAAGUUUGAGAAUGAUGCCAAGAGAGAUAGUUCAGUAUAUGUUCCCAACUCAAACUUUUAUUCUAAAGACUGGUUAAUUAAGCGAGAAAUUGACGAUGACUUACUAUUGCAUGGUCUGAUGAUUCGAUUCAUUGGACUCUUGGCGAUUUCCUUGAGUGAACAUGAAGUUGUAUCUUACAAGACCCACUCCUAUUUCAAAUCGAUUGAAGGAUAUUUCAAUGAGUUGCUUGAAGACAAGAGGAACACUUUGGGCUUCUGGCAUAGUGAACCGGUUUCAAACUAUGUGAUUGCCAAAUCAUCCAUUUAUCAAGAUUUAGGGAUUGACAAUGUCAAGUUUGGCGAUUUGAUUAGACAAUUUAAGCAUCUCAUGAAUGAAACUGUGUACCAGUCAGGGAUUUUCGAUGAAUGGAAUAACCAUGUUGAAGAUAUGUUGAUGCAGGAUUAUCCUUGGUACUUGUACUAUAAGAAACUUCAACAUUUUGCCCAAUUCAAAGUCACCAAUUACAAAUUAUCCCAUUUGGAACGUGAUUUGAAAUUACAGGAUAAAGAUUAUCAAUAUCUUAACAAAGAUAAACUGUAUUAUGAUUCAGUUAUAUACGGUACCAAAAAGUUUGACCCGGCUGAAGUUACACAAGAAUAUUUUAAUGAUAAGUUAAAGACAAGUACAUUUACUCAUUUGUAUUCGGCUAUUGAAGUGAGGGAUUUUGAAAUGACUGUCAAGUGGUUGGUAUUGAUUUAUGAGAAGUUUAAAAAUUUACGAUAUAAAAUGACGUAA